AUGUUCCCCAGCAGACUGCUCGCAUUGAUCUUGGCUCUAAUUAUAUGCCUUGCUCAGUGGAGUGCAAUUCGGUGUGCAACAGGAGAGACAGCGAUUUCGAUCAGCCGCUGCAUGGAGGUGGGGUUUACAGCGUCGCCUGAAACAGAACCCUGUGCCUAUGCCUUUCAUUUGGUGAUGUGUGCCCACAAGGCAGAUCAUCUCAUCAUUGAUUAUGACGAGGAAGAGGAGCAUGUGGAAUAUGUGUAG